AUGCUGCUACAGAUCAGCACUGGAGCAUCAGCGAAUGUCUUCCUCCUGCUGUUUUAUACCCACAUGGCCUUCUCCAGCCACAAGCUCAGCUCCUCAGACUUGAUCCUCACCCAUCUAGCUUUGGCCAAUAUCAUCUUCCUUCUCAUCUAUGGAAUCCCAGAGACCAUUUCUCCUUGGGGAUGGAGAAAUUUCCUGGACACUAUUGGAUGCAAGAUUGUCUUAUAUGUUUACCGAGUGGCCCGGGGCCUCUCCAUCUGCACCACCUGCCUCCUGAGCAUCUUCCAGGCCAUUGCCAUCAGUACCAGCACCUCCCGAUGGGCAGGGUUCAAAGCCAAAUUACCCAAAUGUAUCAUUCCUUCCUUUUCCUUUUUCUGGGUCCUCAAUCUGCUGAUUGACAUCAGUGCACUGGUGUAUGCUUUUGCCCCCCAGAACAGCACCACGAUUCAAAUUACAUAUGAUCUGAAAUAUUGUUCAGUAAUGACUCUCACGGCGGAAGCCACCCUGCUAAAUGCCAUUAUGUUCUCUGGCCAUGAUCGGCUCUUUGUGGGACUCAUGAGCACAGCCAGUGGCUACAUGGUAUUGAUCCUGCACAGGCACCACCAGAGGGUCCGCCAUCUCCGUGGUCCCGGCAGCUACACCAGGGCAACGCCUGAGGUCCUAGCAGCCAAGAGAAUCGUCGCCCUGGUUACACUCUACGUCCUCCUCUUUGGGCGCCAUUCCAUCAUGUCCAGCAUUUUACUCAACACGAAAGAAAAGUCUCCUCUACUGGUGAAUAUCAACACCACGAUGUUAUUUGGCUUUCCUGUCAUCAGUCCCUUCCUGGUGAUUCACAGUGACAGGAGGAUAGGAACACUUUGGAAAAGAGAAUCAACUGUUUCCAUCGUGGAUUCUUCUUAG